CUCAGCAGUGGAAUGACAACAUCGCCAGUCGCGGGCCUUCUUCGCUCCGAGCUGCCGGAGAACAUCCACCGAAAGAGGCAGGUGUCCCGGUCCUCCCAGUAUCUGGACCACUGGGUCUGCAUGAGCCACUGGGAGCAGGAGCAUCAUCAUGGCAGAUGACAAGGACGUGCUGAGGGACGUGUGGUUCGGCCGGAUCCCCGCCUGCUUCACCCUGAACCAGGACGAGGUCACGGAGAGAGAGGCCGAGCCCUACUACCUGCUGCUGCCCAGGGUGAGCUACCUGACGCUGGUCACAGACAAAGUGAAGAAACACUUCCUCAAAGUGAUGAAGACCGAGGACGUGGAGGAGAUGUGGUGCGAGUCGGAAGGAACGCCACUGAAAUGGCACUAUCCAAUUGGAGUUCUCUUUGACCUCCACGCCUCCAACACGGUCUUACCCUGGAACAUCACUGUGCACUUUAAAAAUUUUCCAGAUCGCGACCUCCUCCACUGUCCGUCCAACUCUGUGAUCGAGGCGCACUUCAUGUCCGGCAUCAAGGAGGCCGACGCCCUCAAGCACAAGAGCCAAGUCGUUAACGACAUGCAGAAGAAAGACCACAAACAGCUGUGGAUGGGUCUGCAGAACGAUAAGUUUGACCAGUUCUGGGCCAUGAACAGGAAGCUGAUGGAACAUCCCACCGAGGACGGAGGCUUCAGAUACAUCCCCUUCAGGAUAUACCUGACGAUGAGCGAUCGGCCGUUCGUCCAGAGACUGUUUCGCCCGGUUUCACCUGAAGGCAACGUGCACACGCUUGGCAACUUGCUCAAAGAAAUGGUCCCAGCUGCUAUACCAAAUGAAGGCGAGCCCAAGCAGAACCAGGUGGUGAUCCACGGCAUCGAGCCGCUGCUGGAGACGCCGCUGCAGUGGCUCAGCGAACACCUCAGCCACCCCGACAACUUCCUGCACAUCUGCGUUGUCCCCGUCCCCAGCGACUGAGACGGCGUCCCCCCCCCCCCCGCCGCCGCCGCCGCCGCCGUCCACCGUGAAAACUCUGAUCGACCAAGCAGCCGGGAAGCAGCCGGCCGCCGCUCCCAGGAAACGCUCCUCGCGUGAAGCGUUGGAAUCUCUGAACUAACGAGACUCUGGAACGAGACGGAGAUCAGAAGGAAAAGAAAAGGGAUGUGAGGGAGGUGUGGAACAAACCUCCUUUCACAUCUUGUUUAUUUAUAUUUCUACUCCUACGACCACCACUCCACUCGGAAAACCUGCUUUCAGGACGGGAGGAUGGAGAGAUCCUCUCUUCCUCCUCCGCUCCGAAAACAGGAGGAGAUUCCCCGGAGUGAAGAGAUCGACGUCUAAUUUUUUCUACUCUGCUGUCUCGCAUCUUCACCUCCUCCUCCUCCUUCUCUCUUUCUUUCUGACCACGCAUCCCACGAGAGGAGAGGAGGUGAAGAGAUCCCUCCUCUUCGCUCCAUCCUGACGAAGACUGUGCCGUCGACGGGGGGGGGGGGAGUUUGUUUGAGGAAGUGGAGCGUCCACUUCCUGCUGAAGCUGCCUUAUGAAUUCUGUUAUGGUCACUUCAGACACGUUCACACUCUUGAGUUUACACCUGAGGGAAAUGUUUCUGCUCCUCAAACUCACACAGCUGAGGAUUCACGCUUGGUUUCGGUUUCAUGGAUUAAUGUUUGUUUUGUUUAUCGGAUUAAUGAUUAAAAAAAGAGAAGAAUUGGAUCUGAACUGAACUGAUCAUCGGCCCAACAACUAAUUUUGUAUGUGAAAGAAGAAGUUAACAAACUGUCUCUGAAUUAACAUUGUACUGCUUCUCUUCUUUUUCUUCCAUCUUUCAUCAUCACUUGCAAUGUUUGUGUCAUAUUUCAACGUCUUGGCCACUUUAUCACCAUAUUUCAUUUACCUGUAUUGAGAUCAGAUAAAUACACAAACCACGCACACAGAAAUGCUCAAAUUCAACAUUUAGAUUCACAAGAUCUGGAUCAUUAUUCAGAUAUCAAUAUCUGGAAACACCCUCUUAAUGGAAUCUGCUCCAAAAGUAGCUGAGCUCCCACUGAGUGUGUAUGGGGUUUGGUUGUGUUUGCGUCAUCCUGCAAACAGACACACAAACAGACACACAACCAGCGGUGAAGAGAAGCUGCUGUGCGGAGGCGAUUAAGUGGAACUGACCUUUAACAUGGACUGAAAUCUGCAACUUAAAGAAACUAAUACACAAAGUGAAAAUGAGUCAGAAGCAGCUUCAUCUGUUUGUUCUUGAGUUUCAUUUGAUCUGUUACUUUUGGUUUCACGUUGUAAUUUAGUGACUAAAGAAUUUUGUCUGACAUGCGUACGUCCUGCGGCCAUCACCUACGUGGGCGGAGUCUACUCAUACUUGACUCUGAUUGGUUCGUAGACGCCCGUCUGAUGUGGUUGCCACGGUAACAUCAUGAUGGUAUUACCCCCAGCUUCAGCACCUUCAGGCACAGUACUCUACAAUACUACAGUACUCCACAGUACUACAGUACUUCACAAUACUACAAUACUCCACAGUAAUACAAUACACCACAGUACUACAGUACUCAUCUUCUUCUUGUUCUUCUUCUAUGGUUUAAUGCCGUCUCUACUUCCUGUGAUUGGUCCAAACUCUCCAACAAAGUGUUUUCACUGCAAAGCAACAGAACCAGGUUCAGUUUGAUCCAGAUCCAGAACUCCUCCUGGUCUGAGGAACCGUUCACACCUGAUGUUCAGCUUCAGGCUGAAGCUCUGAACCCAACAAGGUGUGAACGAGUCCUUAAACACUUCUCCGUUUUUUAACUGCUGUUGUUUCGGCGUCUCUGCACAUUCGAGCAUCUUCCAUCUGUUUGUGAGGCGAAGCAAAACGGGAAGAAAAACAAAAAAAGCUUCACACGUGUUUUCAAUAGCAGGUGUUGAUUUCUCUUCAUCAAUACAACAGGUUUACUGUCUGUUUGUUUUUAAGGUUCAGCUCCGGCCUCUUUCUCCGCUGCCAGACCUAAACGAGCAUCUGGUUUUGUUUCAUUUUAAGAACUGGGCUCUGAUAUAAUGAGACAUCAGGAGCGUUGAGCUUUCAGUCUGCAGGCGUCUGACGUCCUUCAUGUGCUCGAGCAGGUUUGUGGACUGAGACCAAACUGGAGGAAGAAGCAGAGGAGUAACUUCCAGAUGAGAUGAGGGAACUAAUCACUUUUUUUUUUUUAAGCAAAGUUUGCAUCUUGUGCUUUUUGUUUACACAUCUGUUCGUACUGAAAUAAAAUGUCAUUCAAA